GAUUUCCUGGCGGGAAUUUCCCAAUUCCUCUCUCUCUCUCUCUCUCACUGACACACACACACACACACACACACUCACUACACGUACUAUCAAGAUCACCGCGCCAUGGAAGACGAACCUGAUGUUCCUGAACCACUGGUUCGCCGUUCGAAAAGGGCUAGGGUUUUGACGAAGACUUACGAUGGGCAAGUACGUAAGAUUAGAGACAUUGUUGAGUCUGAUGAGGAGUCUGGUGAUGAUUUUGAUGAACGUCGUCGGAAACCUAAUCGAAACAGAACUACCGAAGAAGCUCCUUAUACUCCGGCAGCGAAAGGCGUUGAUCAGAGUUUAAUCGAGGUUGUUAAAAGGAAUGGGAAACUUAUUCCGCAAGUGGUUAAAUCGUUGGUCGAACAAUAUGAGAAGGAUCCUAAAUCUGCAAUGGUUGAACUCUUAACGAUGCUGUUUGAGGCCUGUGGAGCUAAAUUUUGCAUUCAAGGAGAAUUCUUGGAUGAGACAAAUGUUGAUGACGUUGUAGUUGCUCUUGUAAAUCUUGCUGCACAAGGUAAAAUCGAAGACUAUCAAAGUUCAAAAAAGAAGGAACUCAGAAGUUUUAAGGAGAACCUUGUGUUCUUCUGGGAUAAUUUGGUAUCAGAGUGCCAAAAUGGUCCGUUGUUUGAUCAAGUCUUGUUUGACAAGUGCAUGGACUAUGUUAUUGCUUUGUCAUGUACUCCUCCAAGGGUUUAUCGUCAGGUUGCUUCCUUGGUGGGGCUCCAGCUGGUAACAUCUUUCAUUGGGGCUGCUAAGAUACUUGGUGCCCAACGGCAGACUACACAAAGGCAGUUAAUUGCUGAGAAGAAGAAAAAUGCAGAGGGGUCUCGUGUUGAAUCACUUAAUAAAAGGUUGUCAGAGACGCAUGAAAAAAUCACGAUGAUAGAGGAGAUGAUGCGGAAAAUAUUUACAGGGUUGUUUGUGCAUCGCUAUCGAGACAUAGAUCCUGAAAUCCGCAUGUCGUGCAUACAAUCACUUGGAGCAUGGAUCUUUUCAUAUCCAUCACUGUUCUUGCAGGAUUUGUACUUGAAGUAUCUUGGAUGGACACUGAAUGACAAAAGCGCUGGCGUAAGAAAAGCUUCUGUCCUGGCGUUGCAAAAUCUCUAUGACGUAGAUGACAAUGUGCCAUCUCUUGGACUAUUUACUGAAAGAUUUUAUAGAAGGAUGCUGGAUCUUGCUGAUGACAUUGAUAUAUCUGUUGCUGUAUGUGCCAUCAGUCUUGUAAAACAACUAUUGAGACAUCAGUUGGUUCCCGACGAUGAUUUAGGCUCAUUAUAUGAUUUACUAAUUGACGAUCCUCCCGAAGUCAGGCGUGCCAUUGGGGCGCUUGUGUAUGAUCACGUGAUUGCUCAGAAGUUCAAUAGCUCACAGUCUCGUUCAUCAGGUGAUGAAGGCGAUCCAUCACAGAUUCAUCUUCUAAGGAUGCUGCAAAUACUAAGAGAGUUUUCAACAGAUCAGAUAUUAAGCAUCUAUGUCAUUGAUGACAUUUGGGAGUUCAUGGAUGCCAUGAAAGACUGGAAACGUAUAAUCUCUAUGCUAUUGGACGAGAAUCCCUCAAUUGAGCUUACAGAUGAUGAUGCUACAAACUUGACUCGAUUAUUCUGUGCAUCUGUCAAGAAAGCUGUAGGAGAGAGGAUUGUUCCUGCUACUGACCAUCGCAAGCAGAUCCACACUAAAGCUCAGAGGGAAAUGAUCGAAAGCAAUAGGAAGGAUAUAACUGUUUCUAUGAUGAAGAACUACCCACAACUUAUGCGCAAGUAUAUGGCUGACAAAACAAAAGUCCCGUCACUUGUUGAAAUUAUUGUUCACAUGAACCUUGAGCUCUACUCCAUGAAGAGGCAGGAGCAGUAUUUUAGCACAGUUCUUCAGCUGAUGAAAGAGACAUUCUUUAAGCAUGGUGACAAAGAUGCUCUCAGAUCUUGUGUUAAGGCCAUCGAUUCUUGCACGACUGGAAGCCGGGGAGAGCUUCAAGAUGUUGCCCAAAAUAAAUUGAAGGAGCUUGAGGAUGAGCUUAUUAUGAAACUGAAAGCUGCAAUAACAGAAGUAGCGGAUGGCGACGAUGAGUACUCGCUUCUUGUAAAUAUGAAAAGGUUGUACGAGCUGCAAUUGUCAAGGCCUGUAGCAAUUGAAAGUUUGUAUGAUGAUAUCACUAUGGUUCUAAAAAAUUUCCGGAAUAUAGAUGAUGAGGUUAUUAGUUUUCUGCUUCUCAAUAUGUAUUUGCAUGUUGCCUGGUGCUUACACUCAAUUACGACCAGCAAGGUUGUCCCUGAGGCAUCAUUAUCUUCUCUGAUAUCCAAAAGGAACACAUUGUUUGAGGAACUUGAGCACUUUUUGCAAAUUCCACCUGAAGCUCUAGGAAAGGGAAAUUCUGGAAGCCUCCUUGCAUCUAGGGUCUGUACAAUACUUGCAGAAUUGUGGUGUUUGUUCAGAAAGUCAAUCUAUGCGUCUACAGAGAUGGAAAGUUUAGGAUACCGUCCUGAUGUUUCUACUCUUAGGAAAUUCUGGAAGCUUUGUGAGCAACAACUUGAUAUUUCAGAUGAAACGGAAGAUGAAGAUGUUAACAAAGAGUAUGUGGAAGAAACAAAUCGAGAUGCUGUUAUGAUUGCUGCUGCCAAAUUAGUUGCAGUCGAAGCUGUUCCCAAGGAGUAUCUUUCCCCGGAUAUCAUUUCCCAUUAUGUGAUGCAUGGGACAAGUGUGGCUGAAAUAGUUAAAUAUCUAGUUGUUGGUCUUAGGAAAAAGGAUGAGGAUGUCUCUGAUAUAUUUCUGGAGGCACUGAAACAGUCAUAUGGACGGUAUUUGGCGGUACCUUCUACUUCCAAUGAUGAAUCCUUGUCUGCCAAGAGACUCAAGGAAUGUAAAGAUCUAGCUACUCGUCUUUCUGGUUUCUUUGUUGGUGCUGCUGCACGUAAUAAGAAUAGAUCGGUAAUCUAUAAUAUUGUGACCAAUGGAGUUGAGUAUGCUUUCACGGAUGCCCCACGGCGCCUGUCUUUCUUGAUGUGUGCGGUUACAAAUUUUGCAUCCAAACUUCCCAAGCCUGAUAAUCUUGGCAUUUUAAAGGAUCUUCAAGAUCGAACAGCAAGUGUAAACACAGAUGAAGAUCCAAGUGGCUGGCGCCCCUACUUGACAUUUGUAGACGGCCUACGUGAGAGAUGUGCUAAAAAUGAAGAGGAGAGAGAAGGGACGUCGGUUAGACGGCGUGGUCGGCCUCGUAAGAAACAGAAUAUGGAAGGGAAGAAACUCUUUGUUGAGAACACUUCAAGUGAAGAUGAGGAGGAGGAUUCAAUAAGCAUAUCCGAUCAUGGUGAGGAAGAAAAUCAAGCAGACGAGGAUGAAGAUGAGGAGGUGCCUUUAAUACAUUCAAUUAGAGCAUCUGCAAAACUCAGGGCCCUAAAAGUUUCAAGAGACCAAAACAGAGGCCAGACGUCAACUGCUCCAUCUGCGGAGAAUUUGGCUGCAUCAAGGACAUCAGGGGCUUCUAAUUAGUGACCAUCAAGUUAAUUGAAAUAUCUAAAGAAUAUUUUGGUUUCAUGUAGAUUGUUUGUGUGAUCGAAGCAGGUAAUUAGUUUGUUAUGUUUCCACAUGGUUUUAGCAUCAUAGACGCUUAUUGUUCUGUUAAAACUUUUGCCCUCUUUGAUGCAAGAUUGGUGACGGAAACGAAAAAUCAAAUAGAAAGAUAUAUAUGUAUCAACUGUGACGUUCCUCGUGUCUUUUGGUU